CUCUAUCAAAUACACACAUCCCAACGCCAAAACCUCAAAGGGCGAAUCGACAAAAAGAAAAAAAAAAAAAAUCUCGGCGAUUCUCUUCGUCUUCCGACGUCUCUCGUUUCGUCGUUAGAGUCGCUGAGAUCCUGCACUUGUCGUUCAGAUCAGUAAAAAGUCUGCCAAAAUGGUUGCUCAGGGAUUCACUGUGGAUCUUACCAAGCCCCUUGUAUUUCAGGUUGGUCAUCUUGGAGAAGAUUAUGAGGAAUGGGUUCAUCAACCUAUCGCGACCAAGGAAGGCCCUCGGUUUUUUCAGAGUGACUUUUGGGAGUUCUUGACCCUUACAGUUUGGUGGGCGGUUCCUGUCAUUUGGUUGCCAGUUGUAGUCUGGUGCAUCUCGAAGUCAGUAAGCAUGGGCUGUUCACUUCCAGAAAUCGUCCCAGUUGUUGCCAUGGGAAUAUUUAUCUGGACGUUUAUAGAAUACUUUCUUCACCGCUUCGUUUUCCACAUCAAAACGAAGAGUUACUGGGGAAACACGCUACACUAUCUUAUUCAUGGAUGCCAUCACAAGCACCCAAUGGACCACCUUCGACUUGUAUUUCCUCCUACUGCAACAGCGAUUUUAUGCUUUCCGUUCUGGAACAUUGCGAAGGCUAUCUCAACUACUUCAACCGCACCUGCAUUGUUUGGUGGAGGUAUGCUUGGGUACGUGAUGUAUGAUGUCACUCAUUAUUACCUUCACCAUGCCCAACCAACAAGACCAGUGACCAAAAAUCUCAAGAAGUACCACUUGAAUCAUCACUUCAGGAUUCAGGACAAAGGAUUUGGUAUAACUUCGUCGUUAUGGGACAUAGUGUUUGGGACAGUACCCACAACAAAAGCCCCCAAGAAACAGCAAUAGUACUUACUAAAAAGCAAAACGAAAAAGGAUAUUUUCAAUACAUUUGAUGUUAAAAUUUAUUUAAUCAUCCUUAAUGAGGUUUGAGAUGCUUUAUCAGAGGUUUCAUUUGGGUCACUUUCUUUGUAAAUUAAUGUUUCACAUCCUAAUAUAAUAACUUUGGUGUGUUA